AUGUCUUAUUCUGCUAAACCAAUGCAAUUAUCUGUAAUAGAAGGCCUCAUUCCACCAAUUCGCAAAAAGUCAUUUUACCAAUUUGACAACAAUUCUUCGCCUUACAUUUAUGACAUUACAGCUACUUCCACACAUUGCUUUAUAUCCGAUUCAAAUCAUCAAAUUACUUCCUUUGCAUAUACGAAUUCUAACCUUACGUUCGCUGGCAAAUUAAACUACCAUACUGAUGCAAUAACGAAACUCAAAUUACAUAAAAAUCAGUUCAUUAUUUCGAGUUCAAAGGAUGGUCGUAUUGCUUUAUGGGAUUUAAGAACCCCGAACAGUCAACCAACUAAUGUUUUCCAAG